CCCUCCCUAAAUGUGCAGCCACCUCUUCCAUUGAAUUCAAGUACCUUUGACGCGCAAGUUUGCACGUCGGCUGCAUGGCUUGAUAGGCGCGGUAUGGCUUGUUUUGCUUUGUCGCAACUCGGAAUGUGAACUUUUUUGCAAUUAAUAUGGGGGUACGUACAUUGGCGUUGGAGGGCCAGACAGGAGAAAGUCCCAACCCCUCUUUCUCCAGUUUGUUUGAUUUUUGCGUCGAUUCAGUCACCACCUGUUUCUCCCACGACGCAGGCAAACUGUGCGUUCCCAUCGGUCUCUUCUCUUUAUCUGCUCUGCUUUUACUGCUGUCAAGUCUUCUGCUCGUGUGUCAGAGGUGCAAAUGUCGGAGAGAACAUCCGGGAGAGAUCAUGACUUCCCUCUACUGCUUCUUGGGUAACCUGUGUGCUACCACCGGGGCAGUUAUGUCCAAACAACUGCAUAUUCUGAUUUUAAUGGGGGCUUUUGCUGCUGCUGUGGAUGCUGUUAAUUGUAUUUCUUGCUGCUUCCCGGUGUUUCUCUGUUGGAACUCAAAGACAGAGAGGAGGCUGAGGGUCAUAAGGAGGCGGAGGAGACAGCACCUCCUUGCAGUGUGUGUGCUGAUGGUGCUAGCAGGAGGCUUCCUGAAAUCCAGAGUCAACCACAACCCGGCAGACAAUCCCCUCAGAGGGAGAAGAUUGCUGCACUUCUCCCUGCAAGACAACACUGAAAUCCUGGGUUACAUCCUUGGCCUGCUGUCCUUUGUCAUCACCUGUACCUCCAGGUUUCCUGCACUCCACAGAGCUCACAGAGGACGGAUGCUGACAAGGGCCCAUGUGUUCUCUGGGGUGCUGUGCUCACUGGCUGGUGCCCUGUACGCUACUGCCAUACUCUUCUACGACACUCAGCUUGAGUUUCUUCUGACAGUUAUGCCGUGGCUGCUGUCAGCAAUAUGCUGUGUCACCCUGGACCCUCUUAUUCUAGUCAUCUAUUGGUGCAAGAGGGGAACCAGGGAGCAACCUAUGAGGUUUUCUCCAGACACAGAGAGCCUCUUAGGUGGCUCCACUGAGGAGAAAGCUGUCGUGAAGAGAAAACAGCAAGUUCAUUCACCAGAACAAACAAAGACAAAAAACAUCCCGAUGACUGAGAUGGGCCGUUAUAUGGAUGUCAGUACUCACCCUGCAAGAAAAAUCAGCCCGAAGGAGGUGACAGUGUCCACAGAGGAGGUGAAUGACCAGCCUCUGAACAGGACAGUGCGAGCGAUCAGAGUCGACAGUUUCUGCUCUUCAGAUACAUCUUAUGACUCUUCGCUAGUCAGUUCUGAUCUAGAGUGGGAUUUUGAAGUGGGAAAUGCACAGUGGAGCGAACCAAAAGCAAAGCAACAGGAGGGAGGGAUAUGAUAAUAUGCGGUGCUUCCUGCUGCUUAUUCCUAUCUGAUGUUGCUGAUGGGUAGAGAUGAACUGUAUCCCAUGUGUGCAUCAUGUUAAAGAGGUUCGAAAUCUGAGAUGCGAUUACAUAUAUAGUGCUAUUUAACUGGAGCUCAUGUUAUUAUUAUGGCAUUAUUUUUCUGUUUGGUUGUUGUACACCUGAGAAAAGUCACUGCUUUUCAUCUGUAUUUCCUAUCAGAUACAAUAAACCAAAGAAAAAAAUCA